AUGACUUACCACGGCUGUGCUGAUGAUAACAACGAGUGGAAUAACCUUGGUGUCAUAGAAGCAAAUUCAGUCGAACAUGAUUUACAUAAUGCUUUAAUACCAGUUAGCGCCGCCACAAUAAAUUGUAAUGGCAAUAAUAGCAGUAGUGUACAAAAUGUAAACACAAAUACUAAUACUAAUUCAAGUAGUAGUCAAGCAUUAUCUAACGGUGGUAGCUCAUCAUCCGGUAGAUCCACGCCAAAUGCAAAUGAUACGGCACCUGGUAAAUUGUUUGUUGGCGGUCUCAGUUGGCAAACUUCUAGCGAAAAACUUCGUGAAUAUUUUGGUAUGUUUGGCACUGUAACGGAUGUACUAAUAAUGAAGGAUCCAAUAACACAAAGAAGCCGUGGUUUCGGAUUCAUCUCAUUUACGGAACCUGAUGCUGUUGAGAAAGUCUUGAAAGUUCCCAUUCACACAUUGGAUGGAAAGAAAAUUGAUCCGAAACAUGCAACGCCAAAGAAUCGUCCGAAAACAGCCAACAAGACAAAAAAGAUUUUCGUUGGUGGCGUGUCACAAGACACGUCAGUUGACGAAGUUAAAGCUUACUUCAGUCAGUUUGGAAAGGUUGAAGAAGCUGUGAUGUUAAUGGAUCAACAAACAAAACGUCAUCGUGGCUUUGGAUUUGUGAGUCUUGCUGACGAGGACGUUGUCGAUCGUAUUUGUGAAAUUCACUUCCACACGAUCAAGAAUAAGAAAGUUGAAUGUAAGAAAGCUCAGCCAAAAGAGACUGUCACGCCAGCUACUCAACUUCAGUUACAAAAACGUUUAUUACUGAGUGGCUUAGGACUUCGCGUGCCAACGGGAAUGGUUGCAGCACCAGGAGGAGCUGGUGUUAUGCCAACACAAAUUUCAGCUUACAAUCCAAUGGCACAGCUUUCUGGUUAUCAGGCCCAAGCUGCAGCAAGUGUCGUUCCAACUCACUUAGCUGGUGCAUCGGGAGCAGCUGCUGUUACUGGAGGAAAACUCUUCACAACAUAUCCGCCAUCAUUCCAUGCAUUGAGAUAUGCACCAUAUCCAAUGGCUCCAGGCGUCCCAGCUCAGCUUCAAGCAGCUGCUGCUGCUGCUCAACUUCAACAUCAACAACAUCAAGCCCCACCAACAACAUCAACCCAACCACAACAACAGCAACCUCAAAACCCUCAAAUGACAGUUCCCACAACAAAUCCAUAUCCUGGCUAUAAUUUAGCAAGUGUUGACAUGACUGGAUUCAAUGGCAUCGAUUGGGCAUCGAUGUACGGCAUGAAUAUGUACGUAUAAAUUCCACACUCAACCCACCAUCUACGAUAAUUCUCUUUCUCACAUUUUCCACCCUUCUCUUCGCUAACAAUAAUUUCCUUUUGCUUCCUUUUGAAGUUUAAUUAACAACAAAAUACAUAAAGAAGUAAUUAGUAAAUUUAUUGAAGCGUUUGCCUGCUGGUUUUACUUUACUUUAAGUAAUAUUCUCAUUUGUCUCUUAUUUUUUUUUCUUUGUUGGCUUUCCUUUUACCUUUCUUUUAACUAUGUUAACUUAACUUAUCUUAUAAUAUGUUUGCAAGAUUAUUUCAACUGAUUAGUGUUUAGUAAAAAAAGAGAACAAAGAGAGAGAAUCGAUGAAAAGUUUUUUUCUUAAUUAUCGUGAGAAAGAGAUGGAAAUUAUAUUCAAUAAUUAAUGUUUGAUUUCUUUGUGUAACUCUUCUUACUUACUGAUUGUGUAUCACUUUGUUAUCAUAAAUAGAAAUUGAAAUUUAAACAAUAUGAUGAUGUGAAGAGAUCAAAUUUGUUUCAUAAAUAUUUAAUAAGAUAAUUUUUUUUUUUGGUUGCGAUAAAGUAUUUAAGAAUUAAUUAAUUGAGCAUCUUAGGAACAAUAGUUUGAUUAUCAUACUUCUUGUAAUUAAAUGUUAAGAUGAUGAAUGAUUUUAAAAGUAUUUUAGAAAACAAGAAAAGAAUUUAACUAACACUUGUAAUUGGUCUCAAACUAUUUUUUAUUUUUUAUUUUUUUUGGAAAACAUUUUAAAAUUGUGAAAGAAAUCAUUAAGAAGCCAUUUUAAACAAUUCUUCAUCAUUAACUGUUUGUUUCAUUUUUUUAAGUUAGCUUUAAUGUGACAUUAUCUAAAAAGAUAUUUAAUUAAGUAAAAGUUCUUCUUCAUUAUUUUUUUUUGUCUUCUUAAUGGAUGAAAGAAAUGAGUUCAAGUAUCUUAAUCGUUUAGUUUUUAUUUAUAACACUCACCUAUAAAAUUAGUAGUUUGUUAAUUUGGUUUUUAGGAGAUGAUUGGGUAAUUAAUUAAACUUGCCACUUUCACAAAAAAAAUCUUUCUUUUUUAAUUAAAAUGACAUAAGAAAGUUUUCAAAGUGACUCGUGAAGACGCUUUAAACUGAACCCACCUGAU